AUUCAUUGUGCAAUGAAAUGAUCAUCAGGUGAGGCACUGUCAUCAAGGAGAGAGUGGUGUAUGCGUUUGAGAGACAGCAACACACACACAGUGACCAAGACAGAAGGAAAAAAGAGCAAACCAGGAAAUGCAUACAAAAAAAUAGUUUGUCCACAAGCAACUCAGCAUAUUAAAGCAACAAGGCAAGUUAGGUUGGUUAUUCAUUACCAGGAGCUACAAUGUGUGCAGAGCCUCCCUUCUGCCAGAGUACAUUUAAAGAGAAUAAAGGGAAUGAGGAGGUGCAAAGAUAGGGAAGUUCAGCUGGAAGCUCUCUCUACUGUUUCUGUUUACCUGUUCUGUUGCUACUAGAUUUUUUGGCCCCAUACGUGACGAUUCAGGUCUUUCUGUCCGAUCAGAAGAGGAAGUGAAAAAAUUCCCCUGACAUGAACAAUUGCACUUCAGUGCUCAGAUUUCAGUCCUGAGCGUGGAGCUGGAAGGCAAGGAGGAAACCCUUAUGGUGAAGAAGACUUGGAGGGGGAGAAGCAGAGAAGAGGACGCGUCCAGUGAGAUCGUUUGCCUUUUGUACUAGAGGAAGGAGUCCUGGGACAAUUUUUGAAAUGACGCCGAAUGGAAAAAAAUGGGUGUGAAGGGAUCGUGAAUGCUUCAGGAUAGGAAGAAGGGGACUGAAGGAAUACAGGCCACAAGCAAGAAGGGGACAGAAUGGGGAACUGCUGUCAGAAAUAUUGUGCAUGUCUGGAGCCCUAUAUUCCUUGGCUUUUCAACUGUGGGACUGAGGAUAAGCCUGUGGGGCCAGACCCCCCGGGCCCUAUUCCUCCACCCAGCCCAGACCCACUGCGUCUUCAGACUUGCAAAUAUGUGGCCCUGUUUGAUUACCAAGCCCGUACAGAGGAAGAUCUGAGCUUCCAAACUGGAGAUAAGCUUGAAGUGCUGGAUAAAUCUCAAGGGAGCUGGUGGUUUGCAAAGCUGCUGGUGGAGAACGGGUCUGCCAAGCAUGGACAGAAGCGGCAAGGCUACAUUCCUGCCAACUAUGUGGCUCCUGACCAGAGCAUUGAAGCUGAACCGUGGUUUUUUGGUGGUAUUAAACGAGUGGAUGCUGAGAAACGGCUGCUAUAUCCUGAAAAUCAGGACGGCGCUUUCCUAAUCAGAAACAGCGAAAGUCUAAUGGGUGACUUCUCCCUUUCAGUACGGGACGGGAAGGUUGUGAAGCACUAUCGAAUCCGACGUCUGGAGAAUGGUGGCUUUUUUGUGACGAAAAGGAAAACUUUCCCAACCUUGAAUGCUUUUGUCAGAUACUACAGUCGUUCCAGCGACGGGCUGUGCGUAAAGCUUGGGAGGCCAUGUGUAAAGACAGAAGUUCCAGCAACUUACGAUUUGUCAUACCAAACUGUGGAUCAGUGGGAGAUCGACCGAAAUUCUCUACAGCUCUUAAAAAGACUAGGUUCUGGCCAGUUUGGCGAGGUCUGGGAAGGAUUAUGGAACAAUACCACACCGGUGGCAAUUAAGACACUAAAACCAGGUUCAAUGGAUCCAAAAGACUUCCUCAGGGAAGCACAGAUGAUGAAGAAUCUGAGACACCCAAAGCUCAUACAGCUCUAUGCUGUUUGCACUUUAGAGGAUCCAAUUUAUAUUAUUACAGAACUGAUGAGACAUGGAAGUCUGCUAGAAUACCUCCAGAAUGAUGCAGGAGCCAGGAUCCAUUUGCCACAACAGGUGGACAUGGCUGCUCAGGUUGCCUCAGGAAUGGCUUAUCUUGAAUCUCAGAACUACAUUCACCGUGACUUGGCAGCCAGAAAUGUCCUUGUUGGUGAUCACAAUGUUUACAAAGUGGCAGAUUUUGGACUUGCCCGAGUUUUCAAGCUAGAAAAUGAAAAUGUGUACGAAGCCAAACAUGAAACAAAACUGCCUGUGAAAUGGACUGCUCCCGAAGCAAUCCGCUCCAAUAAGUUUAGCAUCAAAUCUGAUGUCUGGUCAUUCGGAAUACUCCUGUUUGAAAUAACCACAUAUGGAAAGAUGCCUUAUUCAGGUUUGACAGGUGUUCAAGUACUCCAGAGACUGGAUCAAGGGUACAGAAUCCCUCAACCAGAAAACUGUCCUCAAGAGCUGUAUAACAUCAUGCUGCAAUGCUGGAAUGUUGAGCCCAAAGAACGACCCACCUUUGAAACGUUGCAUUGGAAACUGGAAGAUUAUUAUGACAUGGAUUCUACAUCCUAUGCAGAUGCAAGUGCUUUCAUAAAAUGAAUGACACAAUCUUGCUGCUGGUCAUUUAAGUGAGGAUGAAACCCCCCAACUCUGUUCCUUUAACAAAUACAUUCCUUCUACAUUAUAAUGUCACAUUGUAGAACAUAUAUUCAUACACAGAGACACACAAUGGACCAAGAUGUGUGCAAUAUAUACACCUAACUUCUCUCCAGUCUGUUUCUUCCAUUGCCAAUGAGAGCAAUUCAGUUGUUAGGCUGCCAAGCCAUCAAGCCAUGUAAAGCUGCUAUCUCUCUGCAGCUUUUCCGAAGUAACUUCGGGAGCAUUCUAACCGCAAAGUAGAUGAAUGGAGAGGUUAAAAUAGUGGUGAAUAGUAAGGAAUGAAUUCUUAUUAAAACCUGUGACAAUACACCAAGAUCUUGAUGGCAUCAGUUUGUCUUAACAGAUUAAGCAAUCUGAAAGGCAGGAUUUCUUAAAAUAACUUUUUGCUGUACAAUGAAGUUUCUCUUCUAUUUAUUAUUUAAACGGGAGAUGGCAAAAAGCGACAAGAACACAAAUCAUAAACAGAUAGCUUCUGCACAAUAGGCAAUAAAACACUGCACUUUUUAUGUAUAGAAUUUGUUAUUUGUUACUCUUCAGAUUCCACUGCUUAUCUGCUAAAUCCCAUCAAUCAGUGAUUAUGAAGGAAUGUGAUUGCUGUUAUGCACAGCAGGACCUGUGCAUCAAGAUGUUUUCUUUUUUCUCCUCUAAAUAUCAUGUGGCUACAAUUUUGGUAAUGCUGCCUUGAGCAUCUUCAUUGUACAUGGAAUAAAUGUAUAUUCACUUGAGAGGGGGGGAAACAGAUAGUACAUAGAAAAUAUAAACAUUUGUCAGAAAUAAAGUGAUUCUUGAAAGAAGGUCUGUGUUAUGGUUCGUUGAUGAGCCAAAGAUCAUAAAUGUAUGUUUUCCUGUGAAUUGCUUUUGUAAUACAUGUGAACCCAGCAUAUGCCACUGCAGUAGAUCCUUUAUUCAUUUUAGGGCUUCAUUCAUUCAUUCAUUCAUUCAUUCAUUCAUUUUUGCAUUUCUUCCAAGCAGUGGAUUGAAAUACUACGGAAGAAGUCCAAUUGAACUGACUGAUUAUUUUGUUUUUAUCUCCUCCAUGGAACGUUAUCCCUGUGUGGGCUUGCUGUGGACACCAGCAAUACAACAGAUCUGUUGGUGUUUGUACCAAUGUUGAGUGGUUGGGCCCUUCAUCCAAGGCUCCUAUUUUAUGCAGUGGCUAUGGGUAAAAUAGACUGUAUUUGUCGGGAUAUGGUAGCGCUCUAGUGCACUACUGAUAGUGACACCUGUUUUGCCCUGCUGCAGAUGCUAUUUGUUUAGAAUGGUUGCCUAUAAAAUGUCUCUCUCUGUGUAUGUAUGAUGUGCUUACUUUUUAAAGAAAGGAAAUAAUUUAAAAUUGUUUAUUGUUUACAUCUUGGGGUGUUUUUUUGGGCUGAAUUGUUUUCUAUACGCAUAUGCUGCAGUUGACUCCAAGGGAUUCUCACACAACUAGGUUGAUGUCGCUAGCCUUCAUGCAAUGUUUGCAGACAUCUUUGUAACACAGACUUGGUGUGGCAAUGGGCCUGGUGCCUGAAGCCAGCUCCGUGUAGAACACAUCCUUGGCGAUCCUGCAAUCUUCUGUUGUAUGUACACAACCAAACCAGCAUAGACAUCGCCGAGACAGGAAUGUGAACAUGCUGGGAAUGUGGACUUGGGAGAGAACAUAUUUCUUUGAGACUCUGUCCUGUCAUGUGAGGCCCAAAAUGUUCCUGCUACAGUGCAUGCAGAAGGUGUUGAGGCAUUACUUAGGAGUAAUGGGUAUCAGUUGCCUAUGACUCACUUCCAUAAAGCAGUGUGCUCAGCAUGAAAGCCUGGUAGAACUUUACCUUGGUAUUGGACUUCAGCAUCACAUUCUCCCAUACCCUUUUGGAGAGGGCAAGCCAUUGCCAUAGCUGCCUUGCCAAUACGCUUGUCCAGCUCAGCAUUGAUGGUUGAUGAAUCUCUGUGGAGCUUCCUCAGAGUAUUGUCAAUGCCGCAUCAUCUGCAAACAACAUCUCACAGAUAAGAACCCACUACACCUUUGUCUUGGCAUGGAGAUGUCUAUGACCAACAGUUCUUUUAAAAUGUUGUAUCCUUUUCCCCCCUGUGGCACAUGUCGUUCUCUAACCUACUGUUUAUCAAAAGCUGAUAAAUGAGGCUUUAUGUUAGAAAGUUUUAAUCCUUACAACAGCAAAGGAUCUUUUGGUUGAAAAAAAGAGAGAGAAAAAGUAAUAAAAGGGCAGUAUUCCUUUAUUGAGGCUACUAAUCUAAGGAUGAUGAGUCAUCUAGCCAGUAAAGGUCAAUAUUUGAAGCACAUGGUCAAGAAAACACAGCACUAGAAAUUGCUUCUUAGGGGAGGUCUAGAAGUGGGGACUUUUGAAUUUGUAGUCCAACAAAAAUAAAAUAGUAUAGGUUUUGACGAACAGAAAUAGCAGAUGAAAUAAGAUAAAGGUGCAAUCUAGCAAAAGCAAUGCACUGAAAGCAAUGGAAUGGGAUUUAGUCAGAAGCAAUUUCUGUCCCAUUCAUUUUGGUGUGAGAAUCAUGACUAUAUUUCAAGGGACUGUGCCCAGAUCAUUGAAACAAUUGGGGCAAUGCAUUAGUGAGGGAAAAGUGUGCUUAAAAAUGCAUAUAUUAGUGCAUAUUAAAAUGCAUAUAUUAGUGCAUAAAAUGCAUAUAUUAGUGCAUAUUAACAUACAUAAAUGGGAAAUGGCCUUUCAAAAAUGUAUGUAUAUUGGGCAAAUUUACAUACAAAAAUGUGUAUAUUUGAAGAAAUGCUGAUGAGGACUGUAAAAAAUCUCUGUUCAUGGGAGAACAGCAUUUGGAAAAAGGAGAAUAUGAGAGACACAGAAAACGAUAGUUUUGCCUAUCCCCAGUUACUGAGCAGUAUCCAUGGGGGUGGCUGAAGUCAAAUAUGUGGCUAUCUUUUAACAGACCCUGCAAAGUGUAGCUCAAAAUCCUGAACAAUGGCAGGGAUCACUUAUUUUGCCUUUCCCGUGGCAUAUUCCUUAAACAAACGUAAACAUAGCCUGAAGUGUUAUUUAAGACCUAUUAACAAUUCUGAAACUCCCCAGCAGGUGGAGGUACAGAUUGCUGCCUCAGUUCAUCUUCAAAGAUUACUGAACAAUCCAAGCAGACCUGGUUCAUUUAGGCACCAUACUGCUAUGUUUGCUCACUUAUAAUCUCAAAUCUGGCAAUUGCAGAAGGUGUAACUACUGCUUCAUGAACAGCACAAAGACUUUAUGUUUGCACCACCAACAUUAAGGAAAGUGAGUAGCUACCAAACACAUUCUAAAACCAUACAGGAAAUCAAGGAAUUUUCCCACACAAAAACCAACAUAUCAGAUCCAGAAAGAGAAGUAGCCUUGCAUGCAUGCAGAGAUCAGAGGUGACUGCAAGGGAGCACAAGAAGGGCUUACUAGAAGAUUCAAGGCUGUUACUCCCAUUUCAUGUGUUCCUUGUGCUCCCAAACCCUCUGUCUUGGCUCCCAUCCACACCACGACGAAAGGAAAGUUGCUAUUGCUCAUAGCUGCUGUGCUGAGACCAAAUGACAGGAGGAGUGAUGCUAGCCAGGCUAAAAGCAGCAGCCCAAGUUCAAGGAGUUCAAGAUCAGGGCAAGGAGAAAAGAACUGCAAGGAAACAAUGGAGUUGUCCCAACAAGUUGGCACAACAACCCAUCAAGCUUUUAAAGACAGGGCAAGGCUAGCUUAUCUGCAAGAGAGCCAGCAUGGUGUAGUGGUUAAGAGCAGUAAACUCGUAAUCUGGUGAACCGGGUUCGCGUUCCCGCUCCUCCACAUGCAGCUGCUGGGUGACCUUGGGCUAGUCACACUCUCAGCCCCACUCACCUCACAGAGUUGUGGGGGAGGAAGGGAAAGGAGAUUGUUAGCCGCUUUGAGACUCCUUAGGGUAGUGAUAAAGUGGGAUAUCAAAUCCAACCCCUCCUCCUCCUCCUCCUCCUCCUCCUCCUCCUCCUCCUCCUUCUGUCUUGUGAGACUGUUGAGUGUGGCAGGUGCUUGCUGCAUUCAAGAAGAUGCAUCUGCUGCCAGUGAUGGGCAUGGCACCAUGUCCCAUUCUUACUCUAGUUCCUCCACCCCUAGCAGUUGGCUGACACCCUCCCCGUAUUCCAUUACUUUGCUUCUUUCACUGGAAGGCAAGAGGGGAGAUGAGAGUCCUGCUUCACCAGCUGGGGCAGCUAUAUCCUGGGAAGGGAAAAUACCCACUGUUCCCUGAUUUCAGCCACUCCCAAUCUGUGGGAUAACCAACCUCAUAUCACCAACAUGCUUAAGUCUAAGUAACACAUGAAGUAAUAGAAUUGUAGAGUUGGAAGGAACCUCAUUUAGUCCAAUCCUUUCAAUGCAGGAAUCUCAACUAAAGCAUUAAUGACAGUUGGCCAUCCAACCUCUGCUUAAAAACCUCCAAAAAAGGAGAGUCCACCACAUUUUGAGAGAGUCCAUUCCAUUGUUGAACAGCUCUUCUUCCUAAUGUUUCGUCAGAAUCUCUUUUCCUGUAACUUGCAGCCAUUGGUUUGGAGCCUUUCCUCCAGAGCAAGAGAAAACAAGCUUGCUCUAUCUUCCACAAGGCAGCCCUUUAGAUAUUUGAAGUCAAGUUUAACUGCCUGUGCAACUUUUUAUGAAUGCUGUAUGGAAAAGCACAUGAAUUUGACCUUUGGAGAGUUUGUAAGUAAACCAUUCUAACUUACCAGAUAUAUGGUAUUUUUCUAUACUAAGGGAAGAGGAAAGUUUUGGAACCCACAAGGGCACAUUUGAAAGGUCUGACAACCUAUAUUUCCACACUUUACUUUGCUGCAUAUUUUGUGAUUUAAAAUUUCUGCUAGGGUUGUUUCACCGAAGCUCGGAAAUUGGAACUCUGCAUCCAGGGAAUUCUCUUUUCUAUAUGCCCCUUUCCCCUUGAACCAACACUAUCAUCCUCUACCCCCCCUUGUUUGUCUUAGCCAGCCACUCAAAUCCUGAGCCUGGUGACACUUCAUGACACUCUAACCUACAGAAUGCUUGAUUUGCAGUGCUAACUUUGUUGUACCUCCCACACUUGUGUAUUAAUUGAACAUUAAUAUCAGAAAAAAUGAAUUUAUUUUAUUUUAUCAUUUGUGACCCACUUUGGGGGAGAUACAGUGCUUUUUCCCAGGGGUACUUAAGGGUACACAGUACUGGCAAACACACCCCCAUUAAAAAUGUGGCAUUUACUGUAACAACUUCAGGGUGAGUGCCAGCACCUUUUUCCCUUUUUUAAAAAAAAGCACUGGGGGGGGGGAUAUAUCAUUUCAGACAAAAGCUGGCAUGGGAAAGCAUUAUAAUAUAUCCUAGCUUGCAUUUGGAUGCUCAUUUGCACCUGCUUCCUUGUACUCCUGAUUCCCAGGGCUGUCUGAGGCAAAGGACAAGACACCAGUUCCAUAUAUAGAAGCCAAUUAGACCACAGGGAAGUAUUCUUUAUGACAUCUGAGGCCAGCAGGCUCGCUUAGGAGGUGCAGGGCAGCCAUCUGGCACAGACUCCUCUAUCAUCCAACAUCUCACCACCGCUUCCUGCCCAGCAGCAUCUGCCACCUGAGGCAGCUGCCUUACUCUGUCUAAUGGUAGGGCCAGCCCUGCUGAGUCACACUGGAAUUGCUGGAUAUGUCUAUUGAUGUAGAAGGGAAAGCACAUUCUUAUUCAAGUUGCUAUGCUAAUCAUGGCUGCUGAAUUUUAUAUUAGUUUUCUUACAAAUGGGAAAUGAGAACCAUAUUCUUUAGUAAUCUAUUGCAUCAUGGAAUGUACCCAAAGGGCACAGCUGAAAUUAAAAAAAAGAAACGUAUUUGGAAGGUAUACUGUACAUUGUUUAUUUCCUGAAUUUCUUUUUUGUUUCAUAAGAGGUGUCAGAAUUUUUAAUGUACUUUUCAGCACUGUAAUUUAAAUAUAGUACAAGCUUCAAAUAUUGAUUUUGAGUUAACUUAUGUCCGAUAUCUAAAUCAUAAUGAUAGUAUUUCCUAAAGCAAAGCACUGCUGACCUCCAUACUUUAUUGUCUUUUAUAUUUUAUGAGUAAAAUUAAACUGCUGUCCCAGAAUUAAGGUGCAUCGUUAUAUGCCCUGAUUAUCAAUGCAUUUCAACCAACAUGAAAAAGUACUGGACAUUUUUCUUCAACUCUCUAGUGAAUUUUUUCUUUAAUAAAUUAAAAAAGUUAUCCACUUCUAAAAUAUUUUGGUUCAUGUAUGGUGAAAUGCUAUGGAAUUUAGCUUGGAAUUAAAUUCCACUUUUUUUGAGUAUGGUUUAUUCCCUGGUAUGUAUGUUUAGAAUUACAGUUUUAGGAAAGAGAUUUCAUCGGGAAUAGUCAGCUAGGACUGGGCAAAAGUCCCCACUCUCCAUCUCCACUGGGUCUUGUUCACUAUGAAAUGGGGAGGGUUGAAUAUUGGAGAUCUUCGGAAUGGGAAGGGGUGAAAGUCUGAGGAUUUGAGCAACUUACUGAUAUGGGUUAGAAGGCAGUCAAGCAAAGUUAUUUUCUUUUCUACCUUGCUUUAAAAGCCAAUGUAUGGACUAUUCCAAGCUUGGUAAAGUAUACUUGGUAGUCCCACUGCCCCCAAGAUGCACUUUGAAAACAAGAACCCAAAAUGUUUCUGGGCCACUGCUCGGAGUAGAACAUGCAUGUGCUCCCUGAUGUUGUUGGACUACAAAGCCUUGUGUCCCUGAUAUUAUCCAUGCUGGCUGGCACUGAAGGAGCCCCCCAUCCAAAUGUUCUGCCCCAUACAUCCACCCACUCCCAAUCUCUGGGAGGGAUUCUUUCCGACAUAAUGAUCUCAAACUCGUCAGUAAAGGUUACCAAUUGCUUCCCAUGCUUUCCAAGCAAAGAACGCUGAUAUUCAGAGAUGACAUGCUCAUACAACAUGGCGGAGCACAGAAGCAAUGUCGGAGCACAAAAGUGAAAGGGACGCAUUGAUUUAUUUCCAAAAUGCAUAUCAUGCCCACCCUCCCAAAGGAGCUCAGGGUAGGAAAUGCUUUGUUAGGUUUGCUAUUCAGGAAAAGAAGACUAAGAAACAGUUGGGCUGUUAGCUGAAACAUCUCCUGCAUUACAGGGCGCUAGACUAGAUGAACCUCAUGUUCCCUUCCAGUUCUAUGAUCCAUGGUCUCCUUUUACAUCCUAGGGCAACUUGGUGACAUUUCCGAAAGG